GGAUCAGACAGAUUGGAUUGUGCGUCUGUGCGCACAGCAGCGAGCGCAGGAGAACAGUGCAGACGUUUUGCCCACUCAGACGCAAAGCGCAAUGGCCAAAUAUAAGGCCUGCCAGACGGGAUGUUGCAUUCUUUUUAUUGUGAUUUGUGCCGUUGCUCUGGUGGUCCUGUGCAUCGCCACGUUUCUUGGUGCGGACUGCUCCAGCGAAAGCUUCAGACAUGCGGCUGUGGCUGCAGACUCGCAACUUUGCUCCGAGAUUGGCAAGCGCAUGCUUCUGCAGGGAGGCUCAGCAGUAGAUGGCGCCAUUGCAGCUCUCCUGUGCACAUCUGUGGUCAAUCCUCAGAGCAUGGGGAUUGGAGGAGGCUCUAUAGUGAUUGUUAGAAAUAAAACAGGCAAUGUUAAGGUCUACAACUUCAGGGAGACGGUGCCAAAGUUAUUCAAACCUUCCCUGUUAAAUGACUGUCCCACUACAUUCAGAUUGUCCACAGGUAGUCAGUGGAUUGGUGUUCCCGGGGAGCUGCGGGGCUAUGAGGCCCUCCACAGAGAGUAUGGGAGGCUACCCUGGGCCAAGCUGUUUGAGCCAACUAUUAAACUGGCCAGGGAAGGGAUCCCCACACCACCAUACCUGGCAUAUUUUAUGCGCAACAAAUUUGUAAAGGAGCAUGUGGAAAGGUCCUCUCUAUGUGAAGUCCUCUGCAACAAGAAUAAGACUAUCCUGAGCAACAAGGACACCCUGCAGUUUUCUAAACUUGCCGACACCCUUGAAACAAUUGCAGAGGAAGGGGCAGAUGCCUUUUACACCGGCAGGAUAGGACAUGACUUGAUCCAAGACAUAAAAGCUGCAGGUGGAACAUUAACAAUGGAAGACCUGAAGUCUUACAAAGAGCAGGUGGUCAGUCCAUGGACGGUUUCUUUGGGACCUCAUCAGAUGUACAUCGCUCCACCACCUGCUGGGGGGGCGCUGCUGGCUUUCAUUCUCAGAAUUCUGAAAGGGUUCUCGCUGACUUCAGACUCUCUGGUUGGUGAAAAUAAGAUUCAGAUGUACCAUCGUUAUAUAGAGGCAGCUAAGUUUGCUAAUGGACAAAAGAAGCACAUUCGAGAUCCUGCCUUCUUCGGUAACGGCAAGGUUGCUGAUCACUUGAUUGAUCCUUCUUUCACCGAUCGUAUCAGGAGGAUGAUAUCAUCACUUCGCACCCAUAAUGACUCCUAUUACAGCAACAUCAAGCCUCCGUCCGAUAAUUUUGGAACAACCCAUGUAUCUGUCCUGGAUAAGGAUGAACUCGCCGUCUCAGCCACCAGCACCAUAAAUCAGCUGUUUGGAGGAGCAGUUUACUCUCCACGAACGGGAAUCAUCCUCAACAACGAGCUUGCUGACUUUUGUGGAAGAGUAGAUUCAAUAAGUGCAGGUGAACGGCCGCCCUCCUCUAUGACUCCUGUUAUCCUGGAGAAAAGCUCUGGAGGGAUCCUUGUGAUGGGCGGUUCAGGAGGAAGUAUGAUCACCUCAUCAGUGGCUUUGUCCCUAAUAAACCGUCUAUGGCUGGGGAUGAGCUUAAAAGCUUCUAUUGAUGCUCGUAUAAUCUUCGUCGACUCAAAGAACGUUGUGAAUUUUGAACCAGAAUUUGAUGAGUCUGUGAAAGAAGGCCUCAGGGCUCUUGGACACCAAGUUGGGAACUGGAAAUACUUCCUAAAUGUGGUCAAUGCCUUGGAAAAGGAGAACGGUUGCAUAGAGGCCGUGUCGGACCGCAGGAAGUUGGGAAUGGCAGCAGGAUAUUGAUCUCGAGGAUCAUGAGUAACCCUCCGCAGAUAUCUUUUCUUGGACUAACUGAACCUUUAGGCUUGGAGCCAGUGAAUGUGGUGCAGCUCUCAAAAACUGAAUGUGAAUGAUUUUUAUAUUUCUACUGUAUGCAUUUUGUGAAGAAGGAUGCACGGCCAGGAGUUAAGAUUGUCUGACUUGGAGAUCAAAAAAAAAUGCUGUUGAUUUACUCCACUUGUUCAUUUAAAAAAAGUGACUGAAUGCAGGCACACAUCCAUGUAGCAUUUUUAUAAUACUUCAUGAAAGUAAUCAGACAAAAUUGAUGGUCGGGCUAACUCCAUCUAGAUGUUUCAUAUGAAGACAGAGCAACAUAAUGAUGCGAUUAAUGUACAUUCCACCAUCAUCCAGCCAACACCUUUCUCUUUUUGUUCAUGUGUUUUGACAUGUACGCUUGUGCAGCUACAGCACUGUGCAAUUUUUUUCAAUCUGUCCAGUUUCUUUAUAUGUUCCUUUCAAGAUGACCGUUCUUUGUAAUCUUUUAAAAUCAGUCUUGAUCCCUGUUCAUGACUCUCCAGGCUCUCUUGAGGUAUUUUAAAGUUUUGGGUGUGAUUCAGGCUGCUUGUUCAUACAUUUACCACCCACUCAGGUCAAGUGCCAGGUCUAAAGCUUUACCUACAGCUUUUUAGCAAUGUCCAAAAGUCACGCCUUUCAGAAAAAGGGGCAAAUAUCGAGCAAAGAGCGGAGACGGGACCUGAGAGAUGCAACACUGUUCUGUUGAUCGUCAUACUCCAGAGUAUGAUGAACACACCCUUUUAAGUUUCGCAAAACAAUAACAGUAUUCCAAUAAUAACGAAUAAAUAACCAGCCUAAAAAUUGUUGUAAUAAGCAUAAGUCCAAAGAAAGAAACGGAAAGAUCUUGAGUCAAUACCACUCUAAAAGAUCUGAAAAAUGUCCUCCUUGCUUAAAGGAAAACUCAGAAGAAAUGACGGAUGGCUUAAAAUUUUUUGCACAGUACUGCAUUAGUAUUUAGAGACAGAAAAAAACUGAGAUGCUGUUUUCUAAAGAGCACUGUUUCAUUUGUUCACAGCAGCUGGGUAUAAACAUUUGUGGAAAGACUGUCUUUACAGUCUGCAAUUAUCACUUUGCAUUGUUGACCAAUGUACGUCUGUAAUGUGUAGUGCUAUAACUGAAUUUGUUUUAUUUUCCGACUGACUUAGGAUAUUUUUUGUUGGGUCUCCCCACCAUAUAUGAGCCAUUUAACCUUUUUUAAAAGGAAAUCCUGAGAUACUUCUACUGUGACCUUCAGCAUUUUACUGUAUGUGAGAAAGCCAACGAUUCAAACUAAUGUUCUUAAUUCAAUAUACUGUAAAAAUAUCUUUUUACUAAAGCAAUUUUUUUACUUUG